AUGAAACCUGAUUUUGCUAACACUGACCAUUUUUCAACAGCUGGCGAGUCUUCCGAUGUCACAGCAUCUGCGUUUACAUCAGCGGCUACGGCUAUUUCUACACUAACACCUAUUACCACAUCUGCUAUAACUUCAACGCCUCUUCCCACAACAUUUAAUGUCGAAAAAACGUCUGCUCCAACGGCAGUAUCGGCCUCCACAACGAUUCCUACAACAAAAUCACAUGAUUCCACAUCUCCCACAACAAUGCAGGUUCCUACAAGUGCUUCCACGGAGUCUGCUUCAGAAACAAGAUUUUCUCUCGCAACCGCCCUUGGUUCUGCAACAUCUUCCUUCGUAACAACCCCUGCUCCCACAGCAAUCUUUACUCCAAGAACAAAGCCUACUUUCACAGUAACACCAGGACAUGCUCUCUUAACAACACCUACUUCUACACCAACAAUAUCUACUCCUACAACACCAGUUUCUAUAACAUCAGCUACUACAACACCUAUUCCCUCAACGACAACUGCUGUUCCCACAUCAACACCUGCUUCCACUUCUAUUCCCACAACACCUGCUUUCACAACAACCCCUGAUCAAACAACAACUUCUGUUCCCACAACAACAUAUGCUCCAACAACACCUGCUUCCACAACAACUGUUCUCACAACAACAUCUGCUCCCACAGCAACUUCUCUUCCAUCAACAACACCUGCUCCCCCAACUUCUAUUCCCACAAAACCUGCUCCCACGACAACUUCUGUUCCCCAAGCAACAUCUUUUCCCACAACAAUUUCUGUUCCCACAGUACGUGCUCCCACAACAGCCUAUACUCCCGAAACAACUUCUGUUCCCACAACACCUGCUUCUACAACAAUUGCUCGCACAAAAACUUCUGCUCCCACAACAGCCUCUGUUCCCACAUCUCCCAUAACUUCUUAUCCCACAACAACACCUGCUCCAACAACAACUGUUCCCACAAUAACCUCUGUUUCCAGAACAUAUGCUCCCACAACCACUCCUGCUCCCACAACGACCUCUGUUCCCGCAACAACAUUUGCUCCCACAACAACACCUGCUUCCACAAAGAAAUCUGUUCCCACAACAACAUAUGCUCCCACAACAUCUGUUCCCACAACAACAUAUGCUCCCACAACGACCUCUGUUCCCACAACAACACCUGCUUCCACGACUACCUCUGUCCCCACAUAUUUUGUUCCCUCAACAUAUGCUCCCACAGCGACCUCUGUUCCCACAACAACACCUGCUCCCACAACCUCUGUUCCCACAACACCUGCUUCCACAACUUCUGUUCCCACAACAACUCUUGCUCCCACAACUUCUGUUCCCACUACAACAUAUGCUCCAACAACUUCAGUUCCCACAACAUAUGCUCCCACAACGACCUCUGUUCCCACAACAACUCCUGCUACCACAACAACUCCUGCUCCCACAACUUCAGUUCCCACAACGACCUCUGUUCCCACAACAACUCAUGCUCCCACAACGACCUCUGUUCCCACAACUCCUGCUCCCACAACUUCAGUUCCCACAACACCUGCUUCCACAACUUAUGUUCCCACAACAACUCAUGCUCCCACAACGACCUCUGUUCCCACAACAACAAUAUGCUCCACAACUUCUGUUCCCACAAACAACUCUCCCACAAUCUCUGUUCCCACAACAACUGCUCCACAACUUUCUAUUCUCACAACAAACUGCUCCCACAACAACAACCUGCUCCCACAACUUCUUUCCCACAACACCUGCUUCCACAACUUAUGUUCCCACAACAACAUAUGCUCCCACAACAACUCAUGCUCCCACAACGACCUCUGUUCCCACAACAACAUAUGCUCCCACAACAACAUAUGCUCCCACAACUUCUAUUCCCACAACAACUCCUGCUCCUACAACUUCAGUUCCCACAACACCUGCUUCCACAACUUCUGUUCCCACAACUCCUGCUCCCACAACUUCUGUUCCCAUAACAACUGCUCCCACAACGACCUCUGUUCCCACAACUUCAGUUCCCACAACAUAUGCUCCCACAACUUAUGUUCCCACAACAACUCAUGCUCCCACAACGACCUCUGUUCCCACAACAACUCAUGCUCCCACAACUUCUGUUCCCAUAACAACUCCUGCUCCCACAACGACCUCUGUUCCCACAAACUAUCCCACAACUUCUGUUCCCAUAACAACACUGCUCCCCAACGACCUCUGUUCCCACAACAACUCCUCCCACAACUUCUGUUCCCACACACUGCUCCACAACGACCUCUGUUCCACAAAACUCCUGUUCCCACAACAAUAUGCUCCACAAACCUGUUCCCACAACAUAUGCUCCCACAACGACCUCUGUUCCCACAACAACUCCUGCUCCAACAACUUCUGUUCCCACAACAACUAUGCUCCCACAACAACGACCUCUGUUCCACAACAUAUGCUCCACGCUCUGUUCCCACAACUGCUCCACAACGACCUCUGUUCCCACAACUCUGUGCUCCCACAACAACCUAUGCUCCCACAACGACCUCUGUUCCCACAACAUAUGCUCCCACAACGACCUCUGUUCCCACAACAACUCCUGCUCCCACAACUUCUGUUCCCACAACAACCUAUGCUCCCACAACAACUCAUGCUCCCACAACGACCUCUGUUCCCACAACAUAUGCUCCCACAACGACCUCUGUUCCCACAACAUAUGCUCCCACAACGACCUCUGUUCCCACAACAACUCCUGCUCCCACAACGACCUCUGUUCCCACAACAACUCCUGCUCCCACAACAACUCAUGCUCCCACAACGACCUCUGUUCCCACAACAUAUCCUCCCACAACGACCUCUGUUCCCACAACAACACCUGCUUCUACAACAUAUUCUCCCACAACCUCUCCAGCUUUCACAACAACCUCUGUUCCCACAACAACUUCUAUUCCCUCAGCAACUUCUGUUCCCACAACCACAUAUAUUCCGGUAACAACGUCUGUUCCCACAUCAACUGUCCCUACAACUUUUGUUCUCACAACAUAUGCUCCAACAACAACUGUUCCCACAACAACAUAUGCUCCUACAACAACCUCUGUUUCCACAACACCUGUACCCACAAACGCAUAUACUCCCACAACAACAUCUGUUCCCACGACAACUUAUGCUCCCACAACAACAUAUGCUCCCACAAUAACUUCUGUUCCCACAACUUUUAACAUAUGCUCCACAACAUCUGUUCCCACAACCUCUGUUAACAAACAACACUUACAACAACACAACUUAUGCUCCCACAACAACCUCUGUUCCCACAACUUAUGCUCCCACAUCUGUUCCCAUAACAAUGUUCCCACAACAACUUAUGCUCCCCCAACCUCUGUUCCCACAACAACUUAUGCUCCCACAACAACAUAUGCUCCCACAACAACCUCUGUUCCCACAACAACUUAUGCUCCCACAACAUAUAUUCCUACAACACCAGCUCCCACAGCAACAUCUGCUCCCACGACAGCUAUUCCCACAACAACACCUUCUACCCCCACAACGGAAGGUGACCCCGAGCAAAACGGUCCCAGCGGAUCACAAUCAGCGGAAGAGCUGUUGGCGCAGUUCGCGGAGCUGCAGCAGGAACAGCUGGAAUUGCAGCAGCAGAUAGAGGCCCAAGAGUCCGUCAUCGCGGACGCUGUGACGAUGCUCCAACUCCUGCUGGCGAGUAUCCAGCAGCUGGCGGAGAAGGAGUCUUCGAGCAACUAAUCCCGCUAAGAGGAAUCAUUCACCGAUAUUGUUUUAUCUCCGUGAGAGAGCACGCAGGAACAUGACGUUCUGCAGUCCAUUCUGAGACUUCAAGCAAGCCGUUCUUCUGAAAUACACGCGCACGAUUGCAGCUGUAAUAACCAUUGAUAAAGAAAUUU